AUGUCAGCGCCCAAGAUCAAACUCAACAACGGCCUCGAGAUUCCUGCCAUUGGACUGGGUACAUGGCAGUCGAAGACUGGCGAAGUGGCAUCUGCAGUUGAAUACGCGAUCAAAGAAGUAGGAUACAGGCAUAUCGACUGCGCUUGGGCAUACGGGAAUGAGAAGGAGGUGGGUGAGGGUAUCCGUGCAUCUGGCGUCCCCAGGUCCGACAUCUUUAUCACCAGCAAGCUCUGGGGGACAUAUCAUACUCGUGUUGAAGAGUGCCUUGACGAGACUUUGGCAAACCUUGGGACUGAUUAUCUUGAUUUGUAUCUCAUCCACUGGCCGGUCCCGCUUAAUCCCAAAGGAAAUCAUCCCGUGUUCCCCACCCUUCCAGAUGGGAAGCGCGACGUAGCUGGUGAAUGGGAUCUCAAAGACACGUGGAAGCAAAUGGAAGCAGUUCUAAAGAAAGGCAAAGUGAGGUCGAUUGGUGUAUCCAAUUUCUCUGAGGUCAAGUUGGAAGAAAUCCUCCCUACUGCCGAAAUUAUUCCGGCUGUCAACCAGUUAGAACUUCAUGUGUAUAACCCGCAACAUAAACUCAUCUCGUACUUGAAGUCGAAAGGCAUUGUCCCGCAGGCGUACUCACCUCUAGGAUCAACGAACUCCCCGCUGCUCACCGACGAAUCAGUCGUCCAGGUUGCAACGAGGCACGCACUCCAACCCGCGGACGUCCUUCUAGGCUAUCUCCUCGCCAAGGGUAUAGUCGUGCUUCCCAAGUCGGUUACGCCCGCGCGAGUCGCUUCCAACUACACCGGCACUAUUGCGGCAUUGGAGAAACUGGAUGCAUCCGAUAUCAAGACCCUAGAUGGUUUGGCUGCUGGCGGCAAACAGAAAAGGUUCAUUACACCUCCCUGGCCUGUCGAUUUGGGCUUUGAGAACUGGCCCAAGUUGCCGUGA